CACUGAAGAAAUUGCUGCCUUUAUAAAUUAUAAAUUAAAAAUAAGCUUAAAUAUCAAAUUUUGUACACUAUUGACUGGUUGGCACACCACCCAAUUAUUUUUGUAAACCGGCAAGAGAUCCCGACGUCACAGCAACAACAUGAACUUCCUGCGGCAAACAUUUAGCAUUACGAAACAUUUGACAGCGCAGGCCAUGCAGAGCGGGUAUGUGAGCGCCUUGCGCGGCAUGGCCUCGCUGAAUCAAAUGCAUCGCUCUGGACCUCAUAUCAAGACAAGGCCGCCACGCCAGCCGCUGGAUGGUAAGCCUUUUGCCAAGGGCGUCGUCCUAAAGACGCUGAUCAAGAAGCCCAAGAAACCGAAUUCGGCCAACCGCAAGUGCGUGCUGGUGCGCCUCUCCACCGGCAAGGAAAUGGUGGCCUAUAUACCCGGCAUUGGACACAAUCUGCAGGAGCACAACAUCGUUCUCUGUCGCGUCGGUAGGCUGCAGGAUGUUCCCGGCGUGAAGCUGAAGGCGGUGCGCGGUGUCUACGACCUGGCGCAUGUAAUCAAGAAAAAUUAGUAGUUCCUGCAGCCCAGAACAUUGUAUAGAUACACAUAAAGAUAUACAUAGAUACAGAUAUAUGUACAUGUGUACGUAACAUCCACAAAACAAAAUGCCAGUCAGCCCAUCCAGCAUUG